CAAAAACCUGAACCUUAAUCAUCGAGCCGCGGCGGCAAUUCGACGACCUUGCGCCCUAAUUCUGUUCAUUCCUUGCCCUAUUUCUCUGUCGGCGGAAUCCUUCUUUACCUCUCACUCGUCAGAUCCAAAGGUUUUCGUUCUUUUCCCCUUUAGACGCGGCGAUGUCCGGCCGGUCGAGGGAUGGCAGCGGAAGCGGUGGCGACCUCCAGUUGGUCGCGGUGGCUCCGAAGACAGUUGUUUCCACCGAUGCAGCGGUGGCGGGAGGUGGACGGGAUGGCGCGAUCGUGGAGUAUGCUAAGAGCGGGCCGGUGCUGAGAGAGGAUGAAGAGGACCUCGAGGUGAAGCUUCGAAGGAUCAUGGAGAACGUCCCGGUUCGGGUCAGCAACACCUCCGGCAGCUCCGCUGGUUCCGGCUCCGGCGAUUUCCAUCAGUAUCGACAAAUGAGGAGGAAGGAGCAGGAUAGACUUGCGAGGAUGGAUGCUGAUUACCAGAAAAGAAAAGAGAUAGCAGAGUACAAUAUGAGGAGGGAGGAAAGACUCAAAGCUGCAGAGGAAAGGACAGCAAAGAAACGCCUGAAACGCCAAAAGAAGAAACAGAGGAAGAAAGAGAAGAAAAUUUCACCAAACAGCGGAGCCGUACCGGAUGAAACUCGAAAGGAAGAAUCCUCGGAUGAUGAAGAUUCCGAUGAUGGUGACGAACCAAAGAAUUAACCUAUUGAUCUUGCUGCAUCCUGAAGUGCCAGAUGGUCAGCAGGUAAUUCGUGAAUCCAUUUCCUAUUUCAAGCUUCCGCCAGGUGAUCAUUCGGUCUUUCACCGGGAUGCAUGAUGAUGCUGUCAUCGCAGACCUGCUUUGGUUCUGGAUUGUUGGAGGAAUAAAAUCUUGGCACCAUAACCUGAAGUUGUUUAAGACUGAGGUGCAACGAGGAGAUGGUGACCGAACUGCGAUCUGUAGAUGAUGUAGAUUGUAUAACAUAUUGUGGGCAGCGAAUCUCCGAGCAAAAAUGGAGAAGUGGUAUCAAAGACAGUACAAAAAAAACAGCUGGAGGAUAACGCGAAUCAGUUCAUACAAGACAGUAGUUAGUAGCAUUAAUAUCAUUAGUUUGUCAGUGUGGUAUUGGUCUUAACAUGGAAGUCAGUCUUUAUUUUUA